UUAAAUAUUAGAUUAUUUUUUUAAAUAUUUAUUUCUACAAUGAGUAUUAUAACGUAACAAUUAUUGCAAUAUUGAAAUGCCCGGAGCGAGCAACUCAUUCCCACUUUGUGCAAUCUUCUAGAUAAUCGUUGACUUUAUAGUAAGUAAGCUUUAUUGCACCGAUAUUCUUUAAUAGUUUUCUUAAACCUAUGUAUAUGUAGGCUCUGAACAUCUUGUGGGAUUUUGUUGUACAGGCGCACAGACAAACACCCGAAUGAAUUUCGUAUCUUAUGUAACCCACUCAUCAGCACAACAAGCUUGUGUUUGUUCCUAGUAUUUCUAUUAUGUAUGUCCGACUUUUUAGGAAGCUCCUCAAUAUGUUUACGAACAUACAUCAAAUUUUCAGAAAUGUAUUGGGAUGGCAUAGUGAGAACUAUAGUUUCUUUGAAUUUUUCCCUCAGGGAUUCCCUUGAGUGCAUGUUUUAAAUAGUACGUAUAGGUCUUACUGACCAGGGCAACUAGGUCUUCUCCUGCCAAGCGGUUGUCACUAAAACGCGAUUGAUGCUGUGUUGACUCCGCUGUACCGUAGAGUGUGUCCAAUCCAACGCCAUUUUCGAUGGGAAAUAUCUUGCGCGAUGGGGUUUUGGUCACAUUUAGUCCAAAGUUGACCGUAAGGUUCAUUUAAACAAUCAUUCUUCAAAAAUACAAUUUGAAUUGAACAAAUGCGGGCAAAUAACACUUCGCUUUUUUGUGUGAACGUGUGAUGCAAAUAAUUUCCAAAUUACCCAGACCACUGUUUAAUUGCAAAUAUUAUAUUAUUCUUGGUAUUCGUAUGUAUAUCUUAUAACUGAAUAUCGCAAUUUGUCUACAAAGCACUUGUGUAAAUACAAGGGAGCCAACUCGUUGUCGCGACCGUGGAUACUGAACUAAGCGAGGAGACGGCGGCGCUCGGGAGGCGCGGCGGCGCGGGGGGCCCGCCGAGUUGACAGCAUGCUGAUCGUGUCCAACAACACUGGCAACCUCACCGACCCGGAGCUCGGCCUCGACCUGCCGACCAGCCCCUUCAGCCUCGCCCAGAAGAUUGUCAUAGCCAUCAUAGCCAGCGUCCUCUCCGUGCUCACCGUCGUCGGGAACUCCAUGGUCAUGAUCAGUUUCAAGAUCGACAAGCAGCUCCAGACCAUCAGCAACUACUUCCUGUUUUCUUUGGCGGUGGCCGACUUCGCAGUCGGGCUGAUCUCCAUGCCCCUGUACACGAUGUUCACGAUCUACGGAUACUGGCCGCUGGGCCCUCAUGUGUGCGACACGUGGCUCGCGCUCGACUAUCUCGCAUCUAACGCGUCCGUUCUGAACCUACUGAUCAUUAGCUUCGAUCGGUACUUCAGCGUGACGCGUCCGCUGACGUACAGGGCGAAAAGGACUACGCGCAGAGCAACCGUGAUGAUAGGCAGUGCUUGGGGCUUCAGCUUGGUGCUGUGGCCUCCGUGGAUAUACGCGUGGCCAUACAUUGACGGCGAGCGGAAGGUGCCUCCGCACGAGUGCUACAUUCAGUUCAUAGAGACGAACCAAUUUAUAACAUUCGGGACGGCUAUUGCCGCGUUUUAUGUGCCGGUGACAGUGAUGUGUAUACUGUACUACAGAAUAUGGAGGGAGACCAAGAAACGACAGAAGGACCUGCCCAAUCUACAGGGCGGGAAGAAACAUGACUCGUCGAAAAGAUCGAAUUCUAGUGACGAAACAAAAGAUGCCGACGGACGAGCCCGUUCAGAAUCCGGAGACACCGAUUCAGUUUAUCACGUACGAGGAGUUCUACACGACCACCGAUGGAGAGAAUCUAAGCCUUCCUGUGCUCGUCCACCGAAACGAGGGUGGGCGGUGGUGCGAGCGUGGUGCGUGGCCUGGUGGCAUUCCGGAAGGGAAGACACAGAAGAUACGGAGCCAGAGGAGGAACCAUCAGACCCUGGCUACGCGACACCGGUUUCUGUAGAAACCCCUCUACAGAGCUCAGUUUCGAGGUGCACGUCGCUUAAUGUCAUAAGAGAUCCAUACGCUACACGCGGUGGCUCGAGUGGCUCAGGAGAUGGGGGCACAUCCCCACUUCGUCGGACCUACGAACCCCCAGGGAUGGUCACUUCGGCCAGGGACAGCAGAUCUCUACCUCCGAACACACGAAUUAACACAACUACCUCACCAGCGCCAAAGUCUGCUUCGGCCGACUCAGUUUACACCAUCGUCAUCAGGCUACCGGACGCCGAUACGGAAAGAGCGACAAUUAAAAUGAUCACCGAAGAGUCGCCUCCGUCUAUGGCUAGACCUCACUACCGGCCCACGAGAGGAGACUCCGAGCUAAACUUACAUCCGGCCGGCCACGCGGCGCUGACGCGACGAACUUCACACAUACAGGACGUUCGAAUACCGCUCAACGCCAAAAUCAUACCUAAACAAUUGGCUGGCAAAGGCUUGACUAAGCAGCCAAAGAAAAAGAAGACGCAGGAAAAGAAACAGGAGACGAAAGCAGCCAAGACCCUCUCAGCCAUCCUGCUGUCGUUCAUCAUAACGUGGACCCCAUACAACAUCUUGGUGUUGCUGAAGCCUCUGACGGCUUGCACGAAAUGCAUUCCGGCCGAGUUGUGGUCGUUUUUCUACGCUCUCUGUUAUAUCAAUUCGACUAUAAACCCGGUGUGCUACGCGCUGUGCAACGCCACCUUCCGGAGGACGUACGUCAGGAUCCUGACGUGCAAGUGGCACAACCGGAACCGGGAGGCGAUGACUCGUGGGGUUUACAAUUAGCGCCAGUUCGUGAGCUUGUGGUGGACCCACCGUUGGGUUCGGUGCCAAAAUGAAAUUGCCCAGUUUUGGUACUUGGAUUUCAAUGUACACCCAAAUCCCAUAACGUUGUCUAAUAUAUAUAUAUAUCUUAUUCUAUUUUUUGGGUUAAUUCGUUUAAUUGAUUCUGAAAAAUUUUAAGGUACUUUUAUUUAUUUGGACUUUCCAACUUGAAAGUGAUUUUAAAACUGUAUUUUAUUAUUUUUAAGCACGUAGUGUCUGUCUAUAAAAGCACCGAAUAAAUAUGCGUGAGAAAUAAAUAAAAUGACAAAUAAAAAAAAAUUUAAUAAAACAAUUU